AUGACAGACAGAGUGGACGUCGAUGCAGACGCGACGUCAGACGCCACCUUCCUGAAGAACAACGGUCAACGCAUGCUUCGAUCUCGUGGUCUCUCUACCAUGGUUCACCAGGAAGAUUUGAUCGACCUGUCGGAGCCCCAACAGGAAGGCUCCGUGAACAUCACCCGCGAGGAUCUAGGCGGCCGCCGUCUCGAGCAACCUACAGCAACCAAACCGAAGCUGCAAUUGUUUGUUUCAAACCUCCUUGGCCUAUCACCAAACCUGCGUAACAGCCAGCAGGAGCUUUACAGCAUGAAUAUCGAAGACCACCGCGAGUGUCUCGAGGCACAGGAGAAUGCCAAAGAGAGACUUGAGAAACGAAUCACAAAGGCUACGGGGAAGAUCGAGCACUUGGAGUCCAAGAUCGAAGCCAUGGAGCAGCAACAUGAAGCAGAGAAAGAAAAUAGUCUCGAGGAGAUCGCGAGACUGAACGAGCAGAUCAACGAUCUCGGCCAAACAAAUGACCGCCUCCGCCAGAUGCUUGUGCCUGUCUCUGGGAAGCAGACUCUCGACGCCGAGGUGGUGACGAAGUUCGUGAGUCUUCGCAUGAGCAUCCUCGGACUUGUCAGGCAGACCUGGACUACGAAACUCAGGGACGGCAUUGAUCUCAGGCGGUUGUCUGGGUACCAGCGAGAGUUCUUCAGAUCGAAUCAUCCAAUCACACAUAAUAGACUGCGAUUUCUGGUCUUCUCGCUUGUCCACGGCAAUAUCCUCGGCUCACAGGGUUACUUCCUUGGAGAUGGCUUUGAGCAGCUUGGACAGCUGCUCCUGUCGGCGGAGAGAGAAUUGAGUAAGAUCUCGUCAAAAGAGAACCGGAAGGAGAUCAUGCAGUGGCGCAAUGCUACUUUCAAGGCAACAGAGGCCUUCAGAAAUGACGGCCAUCGCAUGUCCUUUGCUACGCAAAAAGAAAUCUGGAAUAUUCUCGCUCCUCUCCAACCGAAGAAUGCCGACGCGGAACAAAAUGGAAAGAAGAAGCUCAAGGCAAUCUGCGACAACGCCGUCGAGCUCAGCCUCAUGAUUAGGCAACUAAAAGACGACUUCAGGGUUUAUGAUCUGGCUGGUGCUGUGGGUCAGCGCGUCUCAAAAUGUGAAGAGUUCGCUGAGGAGAUCGAGUCAGUGGCUACGGAGAAUGGCCGGCAAUCUGGAACUAUUGCAUACGUGAUCAUGGGAGCCCUGGCCAAGAAACCACAAGAGAACUUGGACCAGAAUUUGGUGCUCGAGAAGGCCGAGGUCGCAGUCUACCGCAAGCAGCUGGAGUUGACGAAGCGAGACGCAGAGUGGACGUUGGCGGAUUACAUAAUCGCCGACAUCAUCUCCAAACUCGCCGCCUCCGAGGCAGCCAGCGGCGACACGAGGAUCCCUCCAUUCGCAUACGUCCUCCACAGCAGGAGCCAUGUUUUCAUGACAAGAACCCACGCACUUGAAUAUGACCAAAUUCUUCUGCCCACUAUGGCAUUCUGGGUGAACUACAUUAUCAGGACAGCCCUCAUUCUCGAGGACUACAUCGUCGAGCGGAUCCUCCGCAGCCCGGGCUUCCACAACACCGUCCGCCGCAUCCACCGUAAAGUACAAGACCAAAGACAUGGCCGCGAUCCGAACGAGCCCCUGCGUCCGGGUGAGGCUACAGAACUUCCCGGGCCCAACGAAAACAAGUCUUUUCCGAAAUACUUCGUCGAGGAGUUGAUGAACCAGUUCCGUGGCUCGCCGACGAACCCCCAGCCGCCGCCCGGCCCUCCACGAAAGCCGAGAUGA